AUGAUGUCCCUCUGUCGACGACGUCUCUCAUCCCACUGGCAUCCUCUCCCCAUCUUGAAAUACAGAGCCACUGUGCAAGCGGGCCACAACAGCCGGCAUCUCUCGGUGCAUGCGCCCCUUCGAUCCAAGCAGACGCCAGACUUCGGCUCUGGCUUCACCGGGAGCUAUGAUCCCUCCGUGGAGUCUGGCCGUGGGCCCAUGUUUAGAAAAGUGAAUUUCGGAGUGCCAAAGUUCUACCCUCGUGACCUGAAAAGGCGGGUUGAUGAAUACGUCGUGGGCCAGGACCGUGCCAAAAAGACAAUCUGCGCUGCCAUCUUCAACCACUACCAGAACCUAAGGAGGCGGCGGCAGCAUGAGCAGGAGGAUAAGGAGAAGCAUGAGAAGCUACUGCGUCAACGCUUUGCACGUGAUAGGGAGCUUUCACAAAGGCGCUGGGACUCGUCUCCUCUCGAAGGUAAGUUCACUGCUCAUACGCUCAAGAUGCAUGCCGGUAACAGGGGUCCUUUGAAAGACGAAGCACCUGGCCAGGCUUCCUCAACCCGCCAGGCACACGACUUGAAUGCAUCCGAGGGCGGUUCUGCGACGGGGAUUCUCAAAUCUGAGGAACCGGCUAUUCCUGAGCACGUCAAGAUUGACAAGAGCAAUAUCCUCGUCAUUGGCCCGACUGGUGUUGGCAAGACGUACAUCUUAGAAACCCUGAGCAAGAAGAUACAAGUUCCGCUCACCAUCUGCGACUGCAACUCCCUGACCCAAGCGGGCUACAUAGGGCAGGACGUGGAAUCUUGCAUCGAAAGGCUCUUGAUUGAGGCCAACUACGAUGUCAAGGCAGCCGAGCACGGUGUGGUUGUCUUGGACGAGUUUGACAAGCUGGCCAGGAGAGAGACAACGACGGGUCGAGACGUCAGUGGUGAAGGCGUUCAGCAGGCCCUGCUCAAGCUCAUUGAGGGAACAAAGGUCACGGUCAAUGCCAAGGACAAUCGAUCGUCUCGCACGGCUUCGCCAAUCCCCCCAAACUACAGCGCCGCUGGACCCCCGACCACUUCGAUGCCAGUGAGCAGUCCUCCAGGCAAAGUGGACCAGUACACCGUCGACACCACCAACAUCCUGUUCGUCUUCUGCGGCGCCUUUGUAGGGCUGGACAAGAUCAUCCUUCGACGGGUGUCAAAGCCAGCGAUGGGGUUUGGAGGGGACGUGCAGAGCCGGCACACAGGGCCGGCGGGCUCUUACACGCUGCCUCCCGAGACAUACUCUCACCUGGCGCACUACAGCCCGCACGCGGCAUCGACCUUUACGCCGUUAGACUUGGUCUCGUCCGAAGACCUCCAGCGAUUUGGCUUCAUCCCCGAGAUCAUAGGCCGACUCCACAACUUCUGCGCCCUCAGCCCCCUGUCCAAGGAGGACCUCUACCGAAUCCUCACGGAACCACGGAAUAGCCUGGUGGCUCAGUACACCGCGCUCUUCGAGACAUACCCGUCUCAGCUGUACUUUACAGAAAGAGCUCUGAGCGCCAUUGCAGAGCGCGCCCUCGCCUCCGAGACUGGCGCCCGAGGGCUGAAGAUGGAGAUGGAGCGCGUCUUGGCCGAGCCAAUGUUUGACGCCCCAACGCCGUACGUCCUCAUAACGGAAGCCUGCGUCAAGGGGCUUGAAAAAGCAGAGUACUGGGGCAAAGAUGGGCGGCAUGAGCUUUUACAGAGGCUGGAGGAAGAGCGGUUCAACCCCCAGAGUCCGCAGCACUCGCUGGAGCAGCUCAGGCAAGCGGGUGAAGCUUCACUGCUGGACGGAAAAGGAGCGGUG